AUGGGGGACUGGAACUUCCUGGGAGGGAUCCUGGAGGAAGUGCACAUCCACUCCACCAUGGUGGGGAAGAUCUGGCUCACCAUCCUCUUCAUCUUCCGCAUGCUGGUGCUGGGCGUGGCGGCGGAGGACGUGUGGAACGACGAGCAGUCGCACUUCAUCUGCAACACGGAGCAGCCCGGCUGCCGCAACGUCUGCUACGACCGCGCCUUCCCCAUCUCGCUCAUCCGCUACUGGGUGCUGCAGGUCAUCUUCGUCUCCUCGCCCUCGCUGGUCUACAUGGGCCACGCCCUCUACCAGCUGCGGGCCCUGGAGAAGGAGCGGCAGCGCAAGAAGUUGCAGCUGCGGCGGGAGCUGGAGGCGGUGGAGCUGGACCUGGCGGAGGCGCGGCGGAGGGUGGAGCGCGAGCUGCGUCAGCUGGACCAGAGCAAGCUGAACAAGGCGCCGCUGCGCGGCUCGCUGCUGCGCACUUACGUGGCCCACAUCCUGACCCGCUCCGCCGUGGAGGUGGGCUUCAUGAUGGGCCAGUACCUGCUGUACGGCUUCCACCUGGAGCCCCUCUACAAGUGCGAGCGCGAGCCCUGCCCCAACGCCGUGGACUGCUUCGUCUCGCGGCCCACGGAGAAGAGCAUUUUCAUGGUGUUCAUGCAGUGCAUCGCCGCCGUCUCCCUCUUCCUCAACAUCCUGGAGAUCCUGCACCUGGGGUACAAGAAGCUGAAGAAGGGCCUCCUGGACUACUACCCGCACCUGAGGGAUGAUUUGGACGAUUACUAUGUCAGCAGGUCCAAGAAAAACUCCAUGGUGCACCCGGGGUACGCUGGCCCCUCCAUGGGCCGUAAAGCCACCAUCCCCACCGCACCCAGUGGCUACACCCUCCUGCUGGACAGACAAGGCAACGGCCCCACGUACACGUACCCAUUCCCCGAUGUCUCCUCCACCUUCAUGCCCAUCCAGGCGGAUCCGGUCAGCAAACCCGGGCCAGACAACCACAAGGAGGUUCCGCCCAGCCCCACCGAGCAGAACAACUCCAACAACACCAGCAACGAAACACGGUCUCCGCUUGUCGAGAAGCAGGACAACCCCGAGGAGAUUCCCCACUGCGACCCCCAGGACCCCAGAGGCUCCAUAAGCUCCGCCCUCCCGGCGGUCUCCUCCUCCUUCCCCACCCUGCUGGCCAGCACAGGGAGGCGGCCGCGGAGGGUCAGCGCCCCCUGGAACUGCUCCACGGUGGAGGAGAGCAACAGCUCCGACGGAGAGGGCUUUGGCCCGGGAGCCCUGAAAAGCCGCCACAGCUUUGCCGUGGGCCGUGCCCGCGCCACCUCUAAGCCUGACCUCAAGAGGCUGAGCCGGUCCCAGAGCCCCAACUCGAUGGGCGAGCUGAGCUCCGGGUCGGGACCCGGCCGCGACAGCCCACCGGCCUUCUCGCCCAACCGCCGAAUGUCAUUGGCAAGUAGCGGCAGCAGCAGGCGAGCCCCCAGCGACCUGCAGAUCUGA